CGCCAUCUCGGACAAGAUUCGUAAACUUUUAUGCCAAGGCGCUGGGCAUGAAUGAUGUGAUCAGAUUCAGGUAUAAAGAAGCAAAUAUAAAAACAUCAAAAUUGAAAAUGUGACAACUUUCUUUCAUCCUCCCACUUCACUCUCAAGUUGAUUUGACGACCAUGUCCCUUCAUUCUUCCGAUGAAGAGAAUGGCAAACAUUCGCCUAUUCCCAGUAAGGAUGGCGAUGAUGCUAUCUCGUUCAGCAGCAACAACAACAACAACAACAACAACAACAAUACCCUACCAAAGCUAGAGAAUAAAGGGCAGCACGACACCGAAGAAGCAAUUCGUCAAACACACGAUGAUGUAUCUUCAAUCGCAUCUUCAGAGCUACCACAAGGUCGUUCUUUGGGUAUGAUGUCUGCUGUUUUCAUCAUGGCUAAUCGAAUCGUUGGUACAGGUGUAUUUGCAACAACGGGUACGAUUCUCGGUCAGAGUGGAUCUGUUGGAAUGAGCUUGUUGUAUUGGUUGAUCGGUAGCAUCGUAGCAUUUACCGGCUACUUUGUCUAUGCAGAGUUCGCAUCUGCUAUGCCAAGAAAUGGAGGUGAAUUAAACUAUCUUGAGAAGGUCUAUCGGAAGCCAAAGUUCUUGGUAGCAUCCAUGUAUGGAGCACAAGCACUGCUUCUUGGUCAAGCAGCGGGAAACGCAUAUACUGCAGGACAAUAUUUCAUCCGUGCAGGAGGGACAGAAUCUCGCGAAUGGGCUGCAAAGGGUAUUGGGAUUGCAAUCUUACUCGCUGCUCUUAUUGCACAUGGUACCUUACUUAAAUGGGGUGUUCGCUUUCAAAAUGCGCUUGGUCUCAUCAAAUUCUUCAUUCUGUUGCUGAUCACAUUUGCAGGUUUUGCCGCUCUGGCAGGUCACGUCAAAUUGGAACAGAAACCUCGCAAUUUCGAAAACGCUUUUGAAGGUUCUCGCAAUGACAUUUACGGUAUCUCUCAAUGCAUCUACAACGCUAUUUGGAGUUAUGUUGGUUACUCAAAUGUCUUUUACGCAAUGGGAGAAGUGCGCAACCCUAUUCGAACAAUGCGUUAUGCUGGACCGAUUGCCCUUUUGGUGAUUACGAUCUUGUAUGAGUUAGUGCAAAUUGCCUACUUUGCUGCCGUUCCCAAGGAGGAUGUACUACAAAGCAAGCAAAUCAUUGCAGCACUCUUUUUCAAAAACGUUUUCGGGGAAAAGUCUGCUCGUGCUUUGUCUGUGUUUGUUGCGCUUUCUGCCGUUGCAAAUGUUUUCUCCGUCGUAUUUUCGCAAGGUCGAUUAAAUCAAGCUCUUGGACGGGAUGGCUUAGUCCCAUUCUCUAAAUUCUUUGCCAGCAAUCGUCCUUUCAAGGCACCUUUGGCGGGUGUAAGCUGGCACGUUGCCAUGACACUAAUUAUCAUGCUUGGUCCUCCCGCUGGUGAUGCGUAUAAUUUCGUCUUGAACUUAUCCUCAUAUCCACUCAAUGUCGUCAACUCUGCCGUCGGCUUGGGUUUAUUGAGUGUUUAUUUGUCCCAACGCUUCCGUCCACAAUGGGCGAAAGAUUGGUCAGCACCCAUUCGUGCUACUUUGCCGAUUGCAUUAUUCUACACCCUUGUUUCGAUGUUCUUGGUCGUCGUUCCAUGGAUCGCUCCAAAACGUGCAAGUGAUGCAGUAUACGAAACAUUAUGGUAUGCACUUGCACCUGCCGUUUCAAUUGGUAUUUUUGCAUUGGGAGCUGCAUAUUGGCUGUUGUGGCAUCAAAUUCUACCACGAGUUGGACAUUACAAGCUCGAACAAAGAGCUGAAACUCUGUCUGAUGGAACAAAGAUUGUCACAUUUGAAAAAGUGUACAAAUAGACUUCUGUAGUAUACAUAAUAGAAUCUUCUUUAUAACAACCUUGCCUUUCGCUCUCCUCUUUG